AUGACCGAGAUCCUCAACAUCGGGGACGAACCGAUCUUCGACGAUCGCAUCGUCAAGAUCGAGACUCACACGUACAAUCCGUUCGCCAACACGACAUUCGGACACAGCGACGAGAUAAAAAUACCCAUACAGCAACAGGAUCUGUACACGCUGCCGCAUGAAAGUUAUCUGUACAUCGAGGGAAAACUAACGUUGCGCAACGGAGAGCAUAUUGGGCCUCGUAUGGUGAUGGGAAGUAACUGCGUGGCGUUCAUGUUCGAUGAGAUUCGCUACGAACUUGACGGCGUGGAGAUUAAUCGUAACAGAAACGUUGGAACGACUUCGACAAUAAAAAAUUAUACAACAUUAUCACCCGACAGGGACGUAGUCCUGGAUAAUUCCGGUUGGGAUAGGUACGUCGGUAAUAUAGAUGGGCACUUUAAUUUUUGUGUACCGCUCUCUAUGUUACUGGGGUUUUGCAAGGAUUACAAACGCGUGGUGAUCAACGCUCGUCACGAACUGAUUCUAAUACGAUCGCGCGACGAUAAAAAUAGUGUGCUGGGAGAUCCCGAGUGGGAGCCUGUGAUCGACAUAUUCAAGAUACAAUGGCGAAUGCCGCACGUGUUACUGAACGAGGUAAAUAAGCUGUCGAUGCUGCGUGCUUUGGAGAGCGGACGAUACCUCACCAUGGGUUUUCGCUCGUGGGACUUGUACGAGUAUCCGCUGUUACAGAGCACCACCAAGCAUUCGUGGGCCAUUAAGACCGUGACUCAUCUUGAGAAGCCGCGAUAUGUCGUCUUUGCUCUGCAGACAGGCCGGAAGAACGUCAUGUCCGCGAACAUUACCCAAUUCGACACCUGCAAACUAACCAACGUGAAACUGUAUCUGAACUCGGAAUUUUAUCCAUACGAUGACCUGAAUGUGGAUUUCGAGAGGAACAAAUACGCCGUCCUUUACGACAUGUAUUCACGUUUCCCUAGGGCUUAUUACAACUGCAGUCGCGCCGGGCCAUAUUUGAGCCCUGUCAACUUUGUUUUACAAGGACCCUUCGUGGUUAUCGAUUGUUUGCGACAGAACGAGUCAGUCAAGAGCGCCACCGUGGACGUGCGAUUGGAAUUUGAUUGCAAGGAGAAUGUACCGCCAUUUACAACGGCCUACUGUCUCAUCAUACACGAUCGCGUGGUCGAAUACAGCCUGUUGACCAACGUUGUACGCAGAAUCACCUAA